GUGUUGGACCCACAUUUCCAAUGCUUUGGUCCCUUGGAGUUGCCGAGGCUCGCUUUCACUGCCUGGUGUCGCCUCGUCGAAUCAUGGAUUCUGCCUCGUUCGAUUUCAGAGCUCCGCCUUUCUUGGUCCUCGACUCGAUCACCGUUAGCAGGCUCGUCGCUACACUUGUGCCUCGUGCGCUGGUCGGAGAUCCAUGGCCGACUUGGUGCAAGUGAAAGAGGAAGCAAUGAUCACCCUAUAACUUGUCACCCCGAAUGGAAGAAAGAGUCGUUCAGAAUCAAGCCAAGAACGAGGUUAAGCAAGGCCAUGAUCAUCUGUACGGCCAGAGGUGCUUUGUCCAUGAUACAGAUGCCAGGGUGGCUUCCGUCCAUAAACGUCCGUCCUUGAGCGUCACCGAUUAACUACGGUUUCCUGCCAAUUGUGACGUCUCAACUUUAUGUUCCUCUUUAUUUCAGUUGUACUGCAACAGUAAAGGGCUCGAUUUGGAUUCCAUGAGGUUUUUAUACCAUGGAAGCCGCCUCCGUGGUGACCAGACCAGACUCCUGCUGAGCGUGGCAUAAAAGACUGCGACUCCAUUCAAGUCAUGAAGCGACGGGGGGGCCCUGCCAGACUUGCAUUCGAGCUUUCCACGAAGGGGAAAUGCAUGUGGAGGAGGAUGAUGGGGGGGAUGAAGAGGAGGAUGACGAUGAGGAUGACGAGGAGGGCGGCGACAUGCGAACUGUUAAUUGGACGAAGAAUAACCUGGUGUGCGGCUGUUCCUCCCAACUCAACGAGAUUCUCUUCCACUUCGUCCUCCCUGAGAGGCCCGGCGCCCUGGUGAAGGUCCUGGAGCCCAUCACUUCCCGGUGGCACGCCACUCUCUUCCACUACUGCCGCACGGAUGGUGUGACGGCGCAUGUCUUGGUGGGGCUGCAGCUUUUGCCUCACGAGGAGGCGGAGUUUAAGUCAGUGGCAGAUGCACUUGGGUACGAGUACAGCGAUGAGAGGAACAACACGGCACUGCGCAUAUUUUGAGUCGACUCAAAACAACACGGCACUGCGCAUAUUCAUGCAGUGAUGGGGCUGGCUUUGAUGGGGUCCCUGUAGGAAGUGCUCUUUGAUACACGUAUAGUGUUGUGAGGUCGUGUGGAUGCUUGGUGGGCUUGUGCAGGAGUGGAUGCCCCGAGCAUGGAUCGAUCGAACCAAACCUACUGGUGACCUCGUCUGAGCCUGGUGUACAUAGUAGGAGUACCUCUAUGUACAUAGAGUAGCUCUGACACAGUAGGUCCAGCUUGCCUAUUUUUAGGCACCACAAAAAUGGGUGCGCUCACUGGCAGCUCACGCAGCUCACGCAGGAGUGAGCAGGAAGCAUCAACCGAGCCUGCAGUAGUAGACACAUAGCACUGCUCUUGUCCGACCCUGGAGUGUGUACGAGUAGACCAGACCAGACACAGAAGAUCCUGCUUGUCUACUUGUCUGCUUGUCAGUAGACACUCUACAUGAUACUGAAUAGUUGUUCUGUUACAAGGCUACUUGAGGAGAGGGGCCAGUCACCUACCGCACUUGAGGAGCCCCACCCAAACAUGAGACUGGUUC